CAGUCAUCCACUCCGCUGUCUACCCUGCGAUACCGUAUCGAUUUUCUUAGUAACAAAUCUACAAGCGGAUUUAAAGUAUAUAGUUCUUUGGCAAGUGAUAAGAUUAGGUUCUAUCGGAUAUAUUGGGCGUUGGAAGUACGGGAAAUUAAAACUAUUUUCUGGCCAACUAGACAUAAAUAAUUAUGUCAGGAGAUAGCGAUUGCUCGGCAGAGAAAGCCAUGAGCGAGCCAAUUCACUCACAUGGAUUUAAUCCGAACCCCAAAACGAUAAACUGGGAACGACUUGAGUUGAUGCGACUUCAGAAGCUACAUCUGGGCCCAGAAAGAUAUUCCCGACACUUUCAACGAUUCCAAAGAUCCGAAGAGGGUCCUGUAGACUUGUCCUCAUCCCUCCAACGUCAGCCGACACAGUACGUGAUUACGGCAAACGGGGAGAUUAAGAAAGCGAACUCUUUGGCACCGUUUUCUACCGUCGGCAAGCCAACCUGUGGAUGUUUCUUCAGCCGAGUUACCGACAACAAGAAAAAGAAGAUCGGAAUCCCGCCGACGAACUUGGUGAAAUGGAGGUCAUUCGUGCAGUAAAGGACAACUUCUUUAACCCACCGAUAGCUAUAAUUCCUUCCGACAUUUUGGGAUAAUAUGGGAUUUACAGUUUUCUUAUACAAGAAGGUAACGACGAUGAAAAUCUACUCGACCGCCUCAAUACCAGUAAAUAUACAAUGACAUUAAAUAAAGAUACAAUUAAACGCUGUUUUCUUACAAAGACUUAAUUCUCCGAAUCAAUAUGCCCACUGAGCACUGUUAUUUCGCUUGUCAAUAAAAUGUUUUAUUCAGUA